AUGGAACUCAACGGAGAACAUUUUCGCGCCAUAAUUUAUUACAACUUUCAGAGACAAUUAUUGCAACAAGAAUGCCUUGCUGAGUUACUGUCUGUUUUCGGCAACGAAGCGCCACCAAAAACGGCAUCAUUGAAGAUAGACAUAGCAGAAAUCUGGUGUCAAAAAACGCUUGACCGUUUCAAUUCCGGAAACUCAAAAAAUGUGUACAGUAUUGUUAGUAGUGGUGAUGAAUCGUGGAUUUACUGUUAUAAACCAGAAAAUAAACGACAGUCGGCUGUUUGGGUGUUUCAAAGUGAAGAAAAGCCAACAAAAGUCAUCCGUUCUCGAAGUGUUUCGAAAAAGAUGGUCGAGACAUUUGUGUCAAAAGCGGGUCAUAUUGCAACAAUUCCUCUUAAUGAGCAAAUAACUGUUACUGCGGAUUGGUAUACCACCAUUUGUUUGCCAAUAGUCAUCACCCAGCUUCAAAAAAUCAACCACGAAAGAAUAAUCAUCCUCCACCAACACAAUGCAAGCUCGCACACAGCCCAAAAAACAAGGCAGUAUUUAACGGAAGAAAACGUGGAAUUAUUGGACCAUCCUCCAUAUAGUCCUGAUCUAAGUCCUAACGAUUUCGUUACUUUCCCGAAAAUUAAAAACAGACUGCGUAGUCAAAGGUUCCAGUCACCAGAAGAAGCAGUUGACGCAUUCAAAAAUGCCUGGAAAAAGUGCUUCGAAAAUUGGUUCAAGCGCAUGCAGAUGUGUAUUAAUCUUCGUGGAGAAUACUUCGAAAAACAAUUAAGUCAUUUAAAACUACCUACCCAAUAA